AAGAGAAGACACUUAGAGAGUGUUUUUGUAAUUAUGUGAAAUGUUUGACUAUUGAGUUUGACGUAGUUUUAUCGACUUAAAUAACUGAUUCGGAAAUCUGUGAUGAGUAGUCAAGGAAAUAUGAGUUCAUCAAAACGACGCGGAAUUUCUAGUGGGUCGUCGGGAGGAGCCUCGUCAAGCAACUCCAACACAACAGACUUAGCUAGUCUCUUCGAAUGCCCCGUGUGCUUUGACUAUGUUUUACCUCCAAUUCUUCAAUGUCAAAGUGGGCAUUUAGUUUGCUCUAGCUGCAAACCAAAAUUAACAUGUUGCCCGACUUGCAGAGGGCCCCUGGGAAACAUCCGAAACCUCGCCAUGGAAAAGGUGGCGAGCACUGUGAUGUUCCCCUGCAAGUAUUCAACAACUGGCUGUGGUGUGUCCCUUCUCCACACGGAGAAAGCAGAACACGAAGAAGGUUGUGAGUUUCGCCCAUAUUCCUGUCCUUGUCCUGGGGCGUCUUGCAAGUGGCAAGGCUCGUUAGAACAGGUAAUGCCCCAUCUAAUGAUGUCACACAAGUCUAUUACCACCUUGCAAGGAGAAGAUAUAGUAUUCCUUGCAACCGACAUUAACCUCCCUGGGGCCGUUGACUGGGUUAUGAUGCAGUCAUGUUUCAAUCAUCAUUUUAUGCUUGUUUUAGAAAAACAGGAAAAAUUUGAUGGUCAUACACAGUUCUUUGCGAUCGUUCAGUUGAUUGGCUCACGUAAACAAGCUGAGAGCUUUGCGUAUCGAUUGGAGUUGAAUGGACAGAGGCGACGCCUGACGUGGGAGGCGACUCCACGUUCUAUUCACGAAGGUGUUGCAUCUGCAAUAAUGAACUCUGACUGCAUGGUGUUCGAUACUAGUAUUGCCCAGUUAUUUGCUGACAAUGGUAACUUGGGAAUCAAUGUUACUAUUUCAAUGGUGUAAUUUAUUUAAGAAAAGAGGUUAAUAUGUUUCAUUGAAGAAUAUUGUAUAUUUAUUUUAUAGUUAAAUAUGAUGACACCAAAUGGUGCUAAAAGCAUAUACCAUAGACAUAGGCUCUAGCCUCUGGCCUAAUUACAGUACCUUGGCCAUUUUGAUACAUUCUACACUUAUUGGAGUGUUUUGUGAAGCUCUUUUAUUUAGUCACACAUUGACAUUUUCAACUUAUUGGUAGAAUACUUGCAAAUCAUAUAGGUAUAUGAACUCAAAAAAAAAAAAAUUUAGCACCUUGCAAUGUAUUUUAAACAAAAUUUGACUUACAAUUAUUAAUGAUAAUUUUGCAGUUUAGUGGCUAAAUGUUUUGGAAUACUGACAUCUUCAAGAACUUUAUAGUUAAAGAGCCAUGGAAAAUGGGGAAGGGGUUACAGCCUAUGUAUGACCUUGGGAAAAAUUGAGGUAAAUAAAUCAUGAAACAGGGUAACCAUAACUAAAAUUUUUCACAACAUUUAUGUUCUAAAGUAUUACUCUGAAGAAACGUCAUCAUUUAAAUGAUAAAGUGCAUUGCACCCACCUACUCUGUAGAUAACAAGCACAGUAUUUGCUAGCGAUAUUGUUCAGAAUAGUCAUUCAUAUGGGAAAAAAAGGUGCCUAUAGCAGUAAUAAAUAUACUUAAAGUGUUUUCAUAUGGCAUAUUUUGAAAUUUGUUUUAAGUUUUUUAAAACUUAAAAUUCAAGUUUAAGAGGUCCUACAGUCCUGAACAGACCUUGAUUUCCCAGUUUGAAGUUUCAAGGCCUUGAAAAGUCCUUCUUUUGCUUGUGGCCUUACAAAUCCUUGAAUAUUCAGUAAAUCCGAUUAAGUGCGGCUUUUUCUUAGAAAAAACUCAAAAUACAAAAUAGUGUUUUUAGUACUUCAGAUAUUCCUUGAAAAUAUCAUUUUGAAAUUCAUACUGGAUUCUGAAAUGCGAAUGGAGAUGAACUCCAGCAAAAUUGUGUGGUGAAAGCAUUAAAAACUAGAAAAGGUUUGUUUUUAAAACUAUCAAAAUCAUAGCGACAAACAAAGUUCUGCAAGUUAAAUAAUUUUCUAUCAAUAUUUACUACUCUUUAAAUCGCUUGAGUACACAAUUUUUUGCAAUCUUCAACGUCAUUCUCAAAUACUGAGAUUUAUAGAAUCCUAUCAAAUUCUACCUCUUUCCCACCUUCCCCCACACUAUUUAAUUAUUUAAAGACAUUUUAAAUUUAUUAAUCUUUCCACUAUCAACUCUUUCUCUUUGUUUUUAUUGUCUCAACAAAUGCAUUACUUGACCUCAUAAAUUUAAUGAUUUUCCUAACCUUGGAAAUUAAAUACACACUAAAAUCCUAUACUUAACCUUGGAAUUUAAAUUGAAAUCCAGUGAGCACAACCCACACCAAUAUAAAGUGACAAAAAAAUACAUAAGAGCACUUUCAUACCUCAAAAGUAUUUGCAGUUCCAAAUAACAACGUUCAAAAUUUUAGUGACAUUAUGAAAGCAAUGAAAUAUUUUUUAAAAUGGUUAUUUUUUCAGUUAUUCAAAACUAUGGAAAAUGUUUUAAAUGACUCAAACCAUGACAGCUUCAAAAUGAUCAAAGAAAAAACAGUUGAAAUGGAAAAUGAUCAAUUUCAUAAACUAUCAAAACAAUGAAACCAUUUAAAUAUUUUACAUAAUAGAAGGUGUCACACUUUCUAAAAACUAAAAUUUUUAAAAAAAUACAGAAAAUUGAAAGAAAACCUUCUUUGAAUUAAAAAAAAAAUAUUGAUAAGUGCAUGGUUGCGAAACAAAACAUUAGUUUUAAGAUUAACCACAAUCAUCCAAAACCUUUUUGUGGCACAAUUGACAGACAAUCAAAUAAUAGUCAUAAUCUUUGUACAGCAUAGCCUUAACCUUGUGUAAGCAAAGUAAUUGCGAAUACAUUGUUGUCAGGUAAUGAACUAAUACAGCCAUGCCCUGGUACAGAAUCAAGGAUAAUUAUAGAAAGUAGGUUAUAGGUACCAGUGUCAGAUUUAAAUUUGUGUGUGUGUGUUGAAAAGCCACGAAAAGCCACACUUAUUCAGUAUUACUAGUAUUAUGUAUUUUUAUUUGGAAUUGGGGUCAGCGUCCUAUUGCAUAUUAUAGAAUAAGUACAGAGUAGGCCUAACUACUGAAUUGCACCAUGAUUGUCUGUUAUGUAUUUUGUCUAGAAUGUUGUUCAAAACAUAUUUGUGAUUAUUUUAUUGAAAUGUUUCUUGAAUGAUUUAUGUAGUUGAUGUGGACUGCAAAUGAGACAUAUAAACUUAACUGACAUCAGCAUUGGCAGUUUGAUCCUUACAACUGUUCUUUUGAACUCUUGAUUAGUUCUUUAACAUAUACCCAUAUUAGCUGUAACAACCCUUUUAAAUGACAAAGUUGGUCAUGAAUGUAAUUUUUGCUUGCAUGUACAUGUUGCGUUAUAUAUAAUAAAAAUUUUAUUUUUGUUUCAGUUCAAGUGAUGUAUUUCCCCCCCCCCCCCCCCCCCCCCCCCCCCCCCCCCCCCCCCCCCCCCCCUUCUGUGUUACAAAUCUCCCAUUUUUUUGCUUCGUGACUAAGAAAAUCAGCAUAAAAAAAAUUGAGGGGCAAGUGUAUGUGAUUGAGAAACAUCAUUUUUUUUGCUCGGGAAGUUGUUUAGUGCAAAUUUGCUGCAAUGUGCAAAAUAAAUUUCCUAGUGUAGGGUUUUAAGUUUAUCUUGGCUACAUGGGACGAGCUAGUAUCACUGCCUAAGCAUGGGUGUAUCUACAAGGGACUCUAAAUUAACUAUUCAUGUACAUGCAUGUACGUAUUCAUGUAUCCAUAUAUGAAAAAAAAAAUGCAAUUAAGCUCAUCCCUAAGUAUAAUUUUUUUUCUUACAUGCUCAUGUUCUGUUUUAACAUGCACAAAUUAUACUGUGCUACAAAACAAUAAAAAUAAAUAUGUGUAUACCUAUAGCUAAGCUAAUGUGCUAAAAUGAAAAUUUAAAACAUUACAACUGCGUUAAAUAACUACAUUUCCAAAAUGGGUAACUUUUCUAUCCAGCACAAAGGUGGUAGGUACCGUGUGCAUAUGACCAAGGAAACAUUUUGUCAUGACUCGCUACCAGUUAAACUGUUUGCUUGGUAGUGUGCCGUGGCCUAGCCCAGCCCGGGGGCAGGUUUCAGCCUCUGAAUGGCCCGCCACGCCCUGGUCGCCAUCCCGGCCUUCAGACCUUACAGUUCGCCCUCGAUCACCACGAUGAGUAUUCAGAUUUUCGCUAAUUCCAGAUCCUGAUGAUGAAAUAUUUACAAAAUUGUACCGUGGAUGUAAAUUCUUACGCAUUACCCAUAUGUGGAAACUCACGAUAUUAACUUACGGCAAAUGACAUUGGUGCAAUCGAACAAUAAAGUUUUAGUUGCAAAUACUUUCCUGACUUUUGUACAAACUGCUGGUAAUGAGUAGCUCAUUUCUAGCUAUGAAAUUUGCAGCUUGUAAAUAUAGUGAGUGGAACAUCCAUAUAAAAUACCCUUGAUAAAAAAAUUGCAUGGAAAUUCAAUAAUUCAACAUGUUUGGAGAGGGGAGAGAGAGAGAGAAUGAAUGUGUGUGUACAUACUUCUUAUGUGUUUCUGACAUUCUCUAAUCCCUAAUAAGGGUGGGAUAUGUCACAGUAGCUCUCCCAAGCAGGCAGAUGUUUUAUUUUAUUUAUUUAUUUAUUCAUUCAAUUUUUGUUCUGUAGAUCCCAUAUGGGGGUAAGGACUCCGGGAUAUAGAACAAGUCAAUUAAUACAAAUAUAUACAUAUAUACAAACAAACUGUACAACCACAAAAACUAAAUAUUACAGAGUACUUUUACAUUUCAAAAGUAAGAAAUAGAGAUAAAAAAAAAAAGAACAUGGGUACAUACGAAAUUGUAUAAACUGAAGUCUAAAGCUCAGAGUGAAGAGUUGAAGUCUUGAUUUUAAUUUGUAGGGACCCUCAAUGAAAGUCUGAGAUUGUAGAGAAUAGGAUUAUUUCAAUUGCAAUACAAAACGUAAAGCAGAGUUAAAUUUUUAAUUGAAUGACUGCUCUAGUCCACUCAGGGAAAUGCAAAAAUUUAUUAGUAUUGCACCACCUCUCACAGGGCACAAUACUGAAGUGAGAAGCAAUGAACAGAUGUUGAGCACCAGUACUUUUCAGAAUGGUUGCAGAGUUUUGCUUGUGUUAUAGUUGGUAAUUAAAGGGCAAAAUAUGUAAAUAAAGAGAAAAAGUUUCACAUGGACCAAUUUAAGCACAGGUCAACAACUGUGGAUGCUAAAUGUUAUGCUUACUUGGUGAAGCAGUUAUUAAUUGUUUAUGAUUUGUGAUAACAGUGUGUACCGUAUACUAUAACUGUUUUUUUUUUCUCGUAGAAAUGUGUAUUUCUUUCAAAAAAAUUAGUUGUCAAAUAGGUGUGUGUACUGAAUCACUUGCGCAAAAAUUUCAAGUUAAGAAGAAGAAAAAAUUGACAACAAAACUCAGUAUUCUGUUGCAAAAAACUGAGUUUAGAAUUCCUGAUUUGUUUUGCAGCUAUGAAUAAACAAUGAAUAAACAAAAAACUUAAUAAACCUAAAUGUAUUUGGCAGUUGUCAGUUUCUAUCAGCAUCACACUAGCCACUAGACUCAAAUUAUCACUAAUUUUAAUAUUGUUUAUUUAUUAGUUUUGGGUAUUAAUAAUUUUUUUGGUGUGUGUCAAUGCCUUGUUUAUUGUGAUAUAAAAUAUUUAGACUCAUUCCAUUUAUUUGCAUGGCAUAAUCUGAAGACAUCCAUUGUGCUUUAUAUUCAAAUAAAACUUUUCAAGUCCUAAAUAUAUGGUAAAAUGUUACUAUAGUAAAAAUGUCUUUAUUGGUGACUAAAGCAUUGUUCACAUAAUGUAUAGUGCAUCUAGCACUAGUCCUUGGAAACUAACUAUUGCAAUAAUAUCCUUAAUAAAGGUACAAUAAUAUAUAGAUGCAAAUUACUGGGUGAAAAAAAAAAACUACAAGGAUUAAAACCAUAUAGUGCUCAUGGAAGCACUGAAACUAGUGUUGGAAACGUGCAAAUGACAUGAAGUCCAGAAGGCACUGUUUUCGAAUGGUGUUCUUUAGUUCUUAGUCGAUCGAGGGUGGAACACGUGAAUUUUAUCCUGUUACGCGGUCAAGAGGGAAGGGAAGAAGACUUUGGUAGCUGCAGUAAUCUGGCUUGAUCAUGAAGCAGGAAAACUUUUGUGGGUUUUCCUCUGAUUUGCUUAGAAAAAAAUGCCAUCGUUUGAAAAUAGUUCAUUUCAGACCAUAAGUCUGUGAGACUUUAGUUUUCAAUUAAUUUUUCGAAUACAUGUUACACUGUUCCAAUAGGUUAUCCAGAAAUGUUUUGUUUAGUCAAUAGGCCUACUAAUGGCUUUCCCAGAUAGUUUCUACACUUGACAUAUUUGAUGUUUUGAUUUCUACCACCAUGUUUGAUGAACAUUAUUUAAAGUGACUUUUUUUUUUUUUUUUUUUUUUCCAAUUUUGAUAGUUGUAUUUGGAAGAAGGUUUUCUUUUAUGUCUUUUAUUCUUCAUAACCUUGUAAAUUCUUUUUCAUCUAAAUUCGGAGGAAUUCUGACAUCUAUCAUGGUUCUUGUAUUUGCAUCCUACAUUCUGUCAACAGUGCUUAGUUAAAUGUGACCCACAUGUAGCUACACUGUUGUAACGUACCUACCAUCGUUACAGCUGUGUUACAUCAUUAACAGUAAGGAUAAGAUGGCAUUGUUUGUAUGGAUAUUUUUGAGAACAAUAAUUUUUUUCUUACAUCCAAACAUAUCUCUGCCUAAUUUUUUUUUUUGUGAGAUAUUUCAGGUUAGCUGAAGGUGAGAAGAAAAAAUGUGCAUCACAAGUAAAUUUUUUAAAAUUUUGAAUUUUUUUAUGUAGUUACAGUGUAGUCAUUUAAUGUACACCACACUGUGGGUUGUGGCUAAAUUACAGUUGCCUUCACAGUGUUUAAUUAUCAUGCAUGUUCAUGAACCAUAACUUUCACAGGUUAGUAAAUCUUGCAAAAGUGUUAAAAUGCAAGAUUUGUGUUUCUGAAACUUGUAUAGUAAUCAUGUGAAAGUACUUGUAAUUUUAAUGACUGUUUAUGUUAGUAUACUUCUGUGAAGUUGCAGUUAUAUUUUGACCAAAAAAUAAUAUGUACUGCUUAUACAGUAUUGAUCUCGUUGGGAAAUUGUGUUAUAGGAAGUGGUCUAUAUAUAAUUUUUCCAUAAAACUCUAUGUUGGCAUGGUAUCAUGAUAUGUGAUUUACAAAACUAUUAAAACAACAUACUGUAACCCAGACAAAAUGCUUGUAGAAAUUAAAGGUGUUGUGAUGGCCAAGUAGUUUUACAUGUCUUACUAAGAAUAAAAUCUGUGAAAGUAUUGUUUCACAAGCGUUAGAAGAGACAGGAAAUUGUAAAUAAAUUUUUAUUGGCAUUUAAUGUAAGUUUGUUAACAUGUAUGUAAACAUGUACACAUGCUAAUUUGAAUAGUCAUAUAUCAGGUGACGAGUCAUUGUUUGUGGUAAUUUGUUAGGUUGGCAUUGAAUAUGAGUAACAUUUGUGCUGCAAAUGGAAAUUCAUAACUGAGUACUUUUAUCAAAAUAACAUUUCUAAUGUUAUUUAUUGAAACUAAUCUACUAUUUUCUGAAAUUCAUGACUGAAUUUGCCCUUAAAAAGGUUAAUGAAUAACAGCAGAGCUAAGUACCAGUAUAUGAUGUUUCUGUGAAACAUCUACGUAUGUUAUGUCAGAGAUUUAAUUUUAAAGAUUUUCUUAACAUUCAGAAGCUAACUGUUCACAUGUGUAAUACACUGGAAAUAAAUUAUUAAUUGCAACUUGGUAUUUUUGUAUCAUUCGUAAAUUAUUUCCCAUUAAGCUUAAUUACAUCAUUGCUAAUGAUCAAUUUAUAAUACUAUAUUUUACUAAACAUUUUUGAUUUUCAGUUCCAGGUUAAAAUUUUUGGAAUAGUAAAAAUCUUUGCAUUUGAAGUCUCAUUUCAAAUAAUUUUUUUUUAUGAGCAAUGUUAUUUGUUUUAGAUUAAAUGCAAAGAACCUUGUAGACUGCCAAGUUAAAAUGUUAAAAAAACCAGUGUCAAAUAAUAUCCCUCCCUGAAAUAAAAUUUGGUUGUUGGCGUUUUCCAUUAGAAUAAAUUUCAACUAAAAUAGCAGCAUAUUUAAAAUUUCAGUUAGGUUGUGUUUUAACUAGUUAAUUUACUAAAUGGUCCUAACGAGCUAAGGGGUAGCUUUUUUUUUUUACGGACACUCUUCAAAACAAAAAUAUGGCAAUAAUUUUGCUUAACAUUAAGUGUGGUUAUGUAGAAACUAGUUAUCUGUCAGCAGAGAAAAUUAUUAAAAUAACUCAUUUGUGGGAAUUAAAACUAACAGUAAUGCAGGUCCUAGUGAGAGAGUUCAUUAUCUGUGUUUUGGGGGAAGAUUUUUGGUCACCAUUUUGUGAGAGUAUGUCACGCAUAUGUCUUUGCCAGUUGAGCCAAAUUUUCACAAAAAGAGACUUGACACAGUGCCUGCUCCAUUUUUAGCUAAAGAAGACUUAAGAAUGUUUCACAUUUUGAAUAGGCAGUGUACAAGGGAUGAUUAAAAAGUAAUGCCUCCAUUGACAUAACAUUUUAUUUUUUACUUGAUUUUUCACAAUUUUUGUUGUACCUGAAAGCUAUGUGUGUUAUUUUCACUUUUUGACAUUGUCCCCAUCCCUUUCCAAGUACUUGCGCUAACACAUGGCUUGUUGGGCAAACCCAUUGGAGAUGAAUUCCAUUGGUUGUUGUCAACACCAUGCAUGAAUGGUAUUUUUCACUUUGUCAGAAUGAAAAUGAUGUUCUUUAAGGUACUGUUUCAUCUUUAGGAAGAGAUGAAAAUUGCAAGUUUGGGACUGUAUGGCGGGUGCGGUAGAACCUCCUUGAACUGCAUGCUUGCAGUUAUCUCUCUUGUGUUUCUCGUUGCAGAAUACGGUGCAACUGUGCGCGGAGCUUCUCUAACAUUUCCACAUAGAAUACGAGUUUAUCAUGGUUUCCUUUUGCAAGAAGUCAAUGAGCACAAAACCAUGUAAAUCCCCCCCCCCCCCCCCAAAAAAAAAUGGUGGCCAUGACUUUCCCUACAGACGGGAAUGCCUGGAAUCUUGGGAUAUGGCUAUGUGCAAUUGCAUACGUUCUCGGGGUCAAAAUGAUGUGCCCAUGAUUCAUCUUCCAUAAGAAUGCACUAGAGAAAUGCUUGUACUGUUGGGCCAACAGAUUCUGGCAAACUUUCUUUCUCUGCGUCCGCAUCUGCGGUCCCCAACACGCACACACCUUGAUACCCCAGCACCUCGGUUACGAUAAAGUCCACUUCAUGUGAUCGACACAAUUUUGAUGCUGCAUAAAUGUGCAGCGGGAUCAUCCACUAUGGAGUUGAUCAAGCACACUAGAGGUCACCAGAUUUGCUUCUUUGAAUUUCCUGGACCACUGUCUCACUGUACUGACAUCAACAGUAACGUCGCUAUUAGCAGUGGUCAUUUGGCGUUUAAUUUGGAUAGGCUCGCAACACCAAUUGUCAAAAACUCGAUGACACCUCGCAGCUUCAUAAUUUCCAUGUUGGUCACCAUUUUCUGUAGUUUUCAACAGACGAAUGACACCUUGGAGGAAAGGAUAUAAGAUAUGUGCAUAGAGAACACAUGCGGUUUUCAGUUAAACAAGAAUUUAGAAAAUUAGGUAAAAAAUUUAAAAAAAAUUAUGGUCACGGAGGCAUUACUUUUCAAUCAAGUAGUGUAGCUCCAUUCAACAGGAAAGACAGAACUGCUCUGGCAUUGAUGAUAUCAGAUGCCUGGUUAGAACGUGUGGCUUGACUGCUUACAAAGGGAAUAGUGCAAGCGUUGUCAGUAUGUUCAAACUUUACUUGCAGAAUAUGACUAUGAGGUGAUGAGUGUCUCAAUCAUGGCAUUGGCUUAUUGUUUACCAAUUUGUAUAAUUAUUAAAAAUGUAAUUUACUGCGGAAAAUGCUUUAUUUCAGUGACAGAUAGUUCUUUAAUCCGACACAUUUGGGACUGUGGCCAUUCUGGAUUAGUGAUUUUGCUGGAAUAUAAAAUAUCAAUACAGUUUUAACUCGAAUAACAAAAAAAAAAUAAUAUAGCUACAUUACAAUGUAUCUAAAGUUGUAAUAAAUGACUCCAUAGGAGGAAAAACUGCAGAUUAUGGUCUUUAAAAAAUUAUUAUGGAACUUUACCUUUGAAAACCCUUUAUAAAACGGGAAACGUUGCACUGAAACGAAAUUAGUUGGUAUCUGAGUUGACAAAAAAAGACGGCAGCACAGUGAGCGACUUGGCAAUCAAGGUCAACUUCCAGAAUCCACCCAAAAAAAUCUGAACACGAAUGGCUCUAUUGGCGGCGUAGUAACAGAAUUUGCGGAACCAUAGAACUCCUGUUUUAAGACUUCACUGGAUGAGACAAUCCUUGAAUAACAAAACUAUAACAGUUAACAAGAAAAAUCAUAACAAAUACAAUAAGGUGGCUAAGAUGGUGUGGCUGGAUGUGAGAGUAGUUCAUGUUUAACACAUCAUUAGUCUAUUCUUAAAAAAAAAAAAAAAAUUAGAGAUACCAUUAAGAAUGAAAUGCCAACGAAAUGCACUGAAAUGCUAUUGACAAAACCACUGGUGACACAAGUUAAACACUGCACUCUCUUAGACACACAGGAAUGCUGUUUUUUUUAAAAGUCACAUGCACUUGCAAGCAGUGGUAAAUGCACCAGGGAUGCAACACUGUGCAUUAGCCUCUAGAGUUGCAGUUGAACGUAAUUUAUUUUGUAUUAACAUAAGGUUUGUGGAUAACAUUUUUAAUCCUAAUUAUUACAUUUCUAUUCAACUGUGAGUCACUACUAUCACUAUUUGGUAGUGUUUCUUCUGAAGUUUACCAUAAAGGUAGUCACACUGAAUUAAAUUUAAAGGCCUUUGAAACUCACUUCUGUCCAAGGAUUGUAGUCCAGAUUGAGAAUUUUUUCAGCUGAGCUGUGAUAUAGUAGCUGAUGUAUGUAUAUAUGUUAACAUGUUUAAAUACUGUCCUUUUCCAGCUUCAUUCCAAGUCUCGUUUGCUUACUUGGCAACAAACAAGAUUUUUGUCAUGCGGUAACAUGUCGGGCUUAUGUUUAGGAGGUCACUGGUUUGAGCCAGGCCGCCUCUGCACUGGAAUAGUUUUCUCUGAGUGGUUUCCCAUCCCCAUGUGCCACUUUUCUCUGUGAUGGUCAGUAAUUGCAUUAAGCUGUUUUCCAGCACACUGAGUUUUUUUUUUUUUUUUAAAAACCGUUGUUUUGAUUUUCCUUUUUAAAGAUAACCUUUAAAUUAAUAAACCUAAGAAAUGUUUGACACAAAACUAAUGGUUAAAAAUAUAUUUGUAAAUAAUAUUAACAUCAACAACAGUUUUCUCACUUGUGGUUUAACCUUACAGCUUGUCAAGAUAAGAAAGGAACGUGUUAAAUUGGACACUGCGUGGCACAAAUCCAUCAAGGUAUGCAGGAAAUACAAGAAAAUGUUGAAGGGCUAAAGAAAAUACCAAGGAGUAUUUUGCACGGAUGAUUUUUAGUAAUACUUUUUGAAGUUUUACUUCUUUAGGCACGUUAUGGAAAAAUAAUGAGAGUGAAUUUUUACGAUGCACGUGCACCAUACAACAAAAUUUUGACAGGGAGAUGGCAGACCCACGUGUAUUAACAUAAACCCAUAUAUAAUCACAUUCAUAAAAAUUAAGGAACAUACCAAUCGUAUUGAAGUGCCAAAUGAAACUUUGUGAUAGUGAAACUACCAUGGAAUAUAUUUGGUAAACUAGAAUUAGUCAUAGUAAAGAGUAAUUUCAAGUUUUAAUAAACGUAAAGAUACUGGUAUUAUACCAAUUAUUAAUUCGUAUUCUCCUUGUAUGUUUAGUACUGCUGUGGUUAUAGUGCACAGCUAAUAAGCUAAAGGAAUGUGGUUCGAAAGUCGUUUGAGAACUUUUUUUUAAAUUUUUUUUUUUUAAAAAUUAAUUAUUAAUAGAUUAUACAAAUUGUCAUUUAAGCAAAUAUAUAUGAAUAUAUUUUAUUUGUUUAUUGUAUUGCUAUAAUAUUACUGAAUACAUUGCUCAAUCCUUUGGAUUGAUUAUUUCAUACUAGGUAGACUUAAAUCCUUUAUUUUUACUUAAAGUAAUAUUGAAUUAAUGACAUGUUUUAGGAAACUAAUUUCCAUGAAUUCGUAUAUCUAAUAAAAAAUAAAACUUUAUAAUACCAGUAGUACAACUAUCCUUUAAUACUUAAUAAUUUAUAAUCAUCUAAUGUGUGUAAAAACUACAUAGUAUUAACUUUUUAAUGAAUUUGAAGGGCAAAAUUUUAAUAAAAUUCCUUGUCAUAAAUCAGGACCAAACCGAGGCUUACUAUUUUUUCAAAUAUUUUUUUGUUUUUAUUGUAGACAUUCAUUAUAUAGCUCUGAAAAUCAAAUUACUCGAUACGUAGCGAAUUCUAGCGGCGUGUGAGUCGUGUUCAGUAAAUUAGUGAUUGAUAUUGAAUACUCAUUCCUAUAAUUAAAAAUCUUUAUUUAUUGUGAAUAUCAGUGAUAGAAAUUGUGUAUAUAAACUUUUUCAACUGUAUUUAUAUAAGUGAGGUUAUGUAACUACACGUAUGUAUAAUUUAUUUGCUCUAUAAAUUAUUAGAUUAUUAUUUAAUCAAUAAUUAAAAUCAAUAAAUUAGAAUAAAUAUACAGCAUAUUUAUUGAUUUUCAUUAUUUAAAAAAAUAUUAUGAUCAUUUGACUAAAUAAGUUAUAACUAAAUUAUAUUGAAUACUGAGUACUUAUUUAAUUAAUUUUUGUUACAAUAAAAUAGUUCAGUGUCUUAAAUCAAAAAGAAGUGUAUCUUCCAAUGUGCGUAUAUAAGUUCACACACCUUGUGUCUGGUAACAAAAUCCCUAAAUUACACAGUUUCCAAAGUUACUGAGCUUUUAUUUUCUAUUUAUUAAAAGAUCCCUAACCUUGUUAAAAGAAUACUCAUUAGUAAAUAUUAUGAAAAUUAGUAGAAAAUGUUUUUCUCAAGUAUCCAGGUAUUUAUUUUCAGGCUAGGAUACAUAAUUGAGACAUAGUAAUGUACCUUGAACAAUUUUAGCGGUUGCAAUUUAUGUUAAAUGUUUAAAAUGAAUAUGUGCUUUAUGUUUGUUACUUAAGCAGUUUUAAACUAAUUAAUGUGGUGUGGCUCUCUAGAAAAUUUGUAAUAUUACUGAACUUUAAAAGUGCACAUGAAAUUGUACACAUGAAUUGUGCUUGUACGUGGAUAGUAUGAAAAUGAAACAUUUUCAGAAACAAUUUUUGUUACGUAAUUUCUUAUUCUAAUCUACAUAAAACAAAAAAAAAAUUAUAUUUAAAAAAAUACAUUACUUUAACUGUUCAGUGGUGAAGUAUUAUGUAUUAGUUACGUCAAGACAUGGGUUUAUAACUAAGGUGUCAAAGAUCAGUUUUCAUUUACCUUAAGUUCUUAAGAAUUUUGUUGAAUGAAUAAAGAAUUUGGUGGCUUCUAUACUUUAGGAGACGCCAGAUCUUAGAAAAUAAGAAAAGAAAAAGAAAAAGGACAAUUUAAAAAAGGGUGCAUGGAUAUAACUUGAAUGAUAUUAUUGUAGACACCCCAAACAAAAUAAAUUAAUACAAAAAUGCCAUGCACAUAAGUUGACAAAUAAAAAAUAUUAUAGUAGUAGUAGUAUAUCAUUUUGGUUAUUUAUUUGAAACAUUAACGUACAAUGGCUAAAUAAAAGUGUUUUUAUAAAAGUAAAUGUUUUUAACAUCUAACGUAAAUAUUUUGUAUUUAACUGAUUUUUUUAUUUUAAAUUCCAGUAAAUGUAUUUUUUGUCUGUUCAUUUUCUCAAGACAGUGGAUUUUGUUUUGCAAAAAUAUUAAUUGUUCAUUCACAUCUUAUGUUUCUAAUUUUAUUUUAUUUUUAAAAAAAAAAACUAUUGUCUUUUUGGUUGAGGUUGGUCAUCACAAUACUGUUCCUACAGUAAUGGUUAAUUUAGUCUCUAAUCUGUUUGCAUGAUGGAGAGAUUUGGUAGUUACUUCUUUACAAAGGCAAAGAUUGAUGCUAAACAAAGUUAGUAAAUGAUUAAUGUCAGUGCUGUCUGAUAUUCCUUAUGUAAGGCAACUAUUUUAUAAUCAUUUUUUUUUAUAACCACUGCUAGGUAAUGGAAUGUUAAAACACUGUGGCGGAGUAUAGCAGUCAUUAAAAGUUGGUAUUCAAUGUUUUACCAUAAUUUUCUAAAAGGGUAAUUUUUUAAAUUAGAAAAAUACUGGAGUCAAAAAGCCUGAGUUUGCUGUGAAGUUGAAUCAGAUUCAUUAGACUGUUAUAAAAUCAUAUCAGUGCUUUUAAUUAUGAGGAAAUUUUGUAUUUAUUUUGUACAAAUUCAAACACAAUUACUACUCUAUUACCACCUCUAAACUUAUGCUAAUGCUGUAAUCUUGUAAUUAGUGCUUGUAUAAUAUGAAUUAUGUUUACCUCUGUUUAUGUAAGUAUGUACAAAGAUACUGUUAAGUUCAAACAUAUACUUUUUUCUAUGACUUUCCUCUUAGGUUUUUUUUUUUUUUAUAUUAUCGUAGGCAAAUACAUUAAAGUUUAUGUUUGGAAAUUUUCUGAAAAACAUAAAAAAAAAAGCUUCAAUUUCAUUUAACUGUAACAAUUUGUACAUUUCUUUUGCCUUUUUACUUGUACAUGUAAUAAAAUGUUAUUUAUAUUAUAUAAUUUAUUUGCUACUUGUGAUUUAAAUAAGUAAAAUUUUUUGUGUAUAUUCAUUAGUCACAUAUGCCAUCAUAUUCACACAGAAAUGCACAUUAUAUUUUACACUUGUAGACUUUACUUGCAUUUCCUACAUGCAUGUCCACCUCACGUGUAGCAAUGAAAUCAGUGAUAUUGUCUUUAAAAUAAGUGUGAUUGUAACAUUGGCCUGCACUGCUGUGGUUUAUUGGAAAUCGAACUAACUUGUGUUAGAAUUUUCUUUCACUGCUAUAGGUUUUGUAUAAAAAAUACUUGUACAUAUUUAAAAAAACAGUUCAAAAUUAGGUGUGUUUCAUUCUAAAUAAAUGUUAAAAUUUACCUCUUGUUUGGAAAAACAUUAAGCCAUAUUUCUUUUUUGGGAAAAAAACAUUUUCCUUCAAGAAAUUUUUCGAAGUGGACAUGUUUUCCACUCUGUUAUUGCCAGACUUGUGUGAUUUUUAUAAAUGGUUGAAAUUUUGAAUACGGAUGACAUCUGAAAAUAAUAUUCUAGAUACCUACUAUUGAAUAUGUAAUUGCAUGAAUUACUUUUCACUCUUCCAUAAAAUUAUUUGUGUAUACCUGUACAUAUGCUCACAUAAUUAUGAUUUAUCAUAAAUGCUAUCACUGUAAAGUAGUAGGGAGGAUUGUGGAGAAUUUAUUGUUCACUUGUGGAGUGCAAAAAUCAGGAACCACUAGCACAUCACUUAAAUAAGGGAUAUACAUAUAUAUACUUUUUUUGCUUGCUAUAACUAUGUAAUUUAUUUCAGAAUCAUACUCAUUUUAUGCUGCAUUAUGCUUCAAAAAUUAGAGCUUUUGAACUAUGGAGUAAGUGAAAUGAAUUUACACUAUAGUAUUUAACUAGUUAUUUGUGUUAUUGAUUCCCGAAACUGUACAGUAUUUAACUAUUACAUGCAUUAAAAUAUGUACAUAUAUAUAUGUAUAUAUAUACAUUUAUUUUGGAGAUACAUGUU